CAGGUAUUUUAUUCACCCACAUCCACAGUACAUCUACGGAAAACAACUGUUCCCAAAUGUUUCUCUCUCUGGGGUAUUUUAAGUCUGUCUGUUGGGCAGACUGAGCAGUGGAGGCACAGAUCUCUCAAGCAACCCGUUUCCGGUCGGGAACAUAAACAGGCCACAGCGAAACGAGAACACCCUGCCCGUCUCGGCCCAGUACGGCACCAUCGAAGAAUCUCGAGCACCGCGAGUUCUACCGCUGCGUUUGAUACCUGACGAUCACACCACACAGGGCACCCUCUGCGGAGACCAAGACCCCAGGACCUUCUUAGGUGCUGCUUCUGCAUCGCCCUACACCCGUCCUGCUGCCUACUCUGGGUUUUCCUCGCAGACGUCCCCGUCAGUGAUCCCCGCCCCCCGCCCGAGGGCGUGCAAAGCUGUUUCUGAGAGAGCAUCAGCAGGCCAGCAGCAAGCACACAGCGUGGGUUGGAAUGGAUGCGUUCUAGGGCCGGCGCGGCUCAGGAAGGGCACCCUGGGCUCUCGCAUCCCUCUCCUCGUGACUGGAAGAGUCGAGGAGCGCCUGGUCACAGCUGGAAGUAGCGGGCACCGCGCCCCAACUUCUGCAAAAUGAACUCAAACAAUCGUUAAAUGUUUCCCCGUCCGGAACACCGUCGGAGGAGCAGUGGCCAUCGGGCUGAGAGAGGCGGCCCAGGAAGCACCGAGGGAAGACGGAAUGCGGACGGACAGGGGUGGAACUCUAACGGAGAGCAGAGGUUCCUGCCGGUGAGGGCAGGAAGCCUCGCGAGAUCUAGGGGUCCGGAUCUCGCUGCGUUGCCUAGCGACACGAGGACGCUGGCGGGCCCCCUGGAGAAGCCCGCGGCAGCCCUGAGUCUCACCAUGGGGGAAGAAGGCGGCGGCCGCAGCUGUGGGGUCCCUAGGGACCUGAAGAGGCUGAAGCAGCAGGCGAUGGCGUACUACCAGGAGAACGACGUGCCGCGCAGGCUGGAAGAGCUGCUCAACACCACCUUCUACCUCCAGCCUGCAGACGUCUACGGGCACCUGGCAAACUACUUUUCUAAGCUUGCGAAGCCGCCCUCCAUCUGCAGAGUCGUGGGGAAAAUCGUGCUGGAUGGGCUGGGCUUUCCCACGCUGCAGGUGGACAUCUCUUGCACGGUUCAGAACUUCCCCAAGUACAUCUGCUCCGUGGUGACGCCUGUGCACUUUGAAGUCCUGGAGAACGCUUUGCCAGACGUGGUGGACGCAGAGGAGAUGGAGAGGGCGCUGGCCGUGAGCACAGCUCUGCAGUGGGUCAAUGAAUCUUUCACAGAGGAGCUGUGGGGUCUGGUCCCCUCCAACCAGGAAGAGGUGGACCACAGGCUCAGGGUCUUCUUUGAAAAUAAAGUACAAGAAGAUAAAAAGAGAAAAGAACUGGAGAGGAGUCAAGAGGAGCCUGUGCAAGCACCCCAAACUGUAAUUCCACCCCCCCCUCCUCCACCUCCCUCUAAGAAAAAGGGGCAGAAGUCAGGACGGAAGGAUAGUAAUUUGGAGAAGCCUAUCGUCCCUCCAGAGCCCCCUGAACUGGUGCUCCCUGGUAGCAUGGCCAUAGGAGCUGUGUCACUAGCAGUUGCCAAAGCCAGUGCCAGCCUGGGCAACAUUCCUCUGUACCUCAGCAUCGCACUACUGAAGCACGGUCAGGAGCAGCGACCGACACUCACCAUGCCUCUGCUGAUGGGAUCUGUACUCAGCUGCGGGAAGUCAUCGCCCGGGAAGCUGAAUCUCCUGAAGGAAGUGCUGUGUAUCCCCAGUCCGGGACUAACAACCAAACAGGGUAUAGAGCUGCUUCUGGAAAUCCAGAAACAAGUCAGCAGAGCUAUGGACGUGAUCCUACCUCCAAAACCAGAGACCAAAAAAGGGCACGAUGGCAAAAGAGGUCAGCCACCAAUCACUGGCAAGAUGUCUCACCUAGGCUGUUUAACCAUCAACUAUGACACCAUAGAGCAGCCACUGCUGCUGCUUAGCGGAAUCUGCUCAAACUUGGGACUGGAGUUGGGCGUGAGCCUGCACGUGGCCAUCAACUGUGCUGGGCAUGAGCUGAUGGACUAUAACAAAGGCAAGUACGAAGUGAUGGUUGGCUCAUACAAGAGCGCAGCGGAGAUGCUGGAACUGUAUUUGGAUCUGCUCAACAAGUACCCGUACGUCAUCGCCCUGAUGGAUCCCUUCAGGAAGGAGGACUCGGAGCAGUGGGACGCCCUGUACUCUGCUGCCACCUCCAGGUGCUACCUGAUCACGGGCUCUGCUUCCAGAAGUGUGUCCAAAGUCCUAGAGGACAGGAACGUCACCCCCAGAUCCCACGGGCUGAUCAUAAAGCACACAAACCAGACCACCAUGAUGGACUUGGUGGAGAUAGUGCGUCUUCUUGACAGUAAGAAGCAUCUCGCUGUCUUUGGAAGCACGGAUGCAGAGGCCUCUGAUGACAGCCUUGUCGAUUUGGCUGUUGGACUCGGUGCCCGGUUUAUCAAGUUGGGGGGUCUCUCUCGGGGUGAACGGGUGACCAAAUACAACCGCCUUCUCGCCAUAGAGGAAGAGCUCAUCCAGAGCGGAACUUGGGGUUUCAGAGGAGAACACACUUUUUCUUCCUUUCAAGAGGAUGCUGAAAAGACAGCAGAGGCUACUGCUGCUGCUGAAGCUCUCGAGCCCCUGGACUCCAUGUUUCCCACAGGGGUUACGAAGGAAUAGUUAAAACAUGAGCCUGGAGGGGCUGGGCCCUCAGGGCGUGGCCACACCACAAGUGUUGGCUGGCUGGUGAGAAGUGUGUCUGCAAGCUGGCACUACUGCUUUUUGUUCUUCCCAUUUCACUGUCGGGUAAAUGCAUGUAUCUGCUGGUCCUGCCGGGAGUUCUGGGGGCUUUGUCUUCUGCAAUCCUGUAGGACAGUGGCUCCACUGUCUCCUCCUCAGGGUCCUGGCCUAACACCCACGCUCAGCCACGCACCGUGCCCCUCUAGAACCAAGACUGUUCCCCUGAGCAGCUCCCAUUGCCACGGUGACUCUUUCUCCUGGACCUCUGUCCAACAACAGAUGCUUUCGUAGCUGCCACGGAGCACCACGGGCUGCCCUCAUCUGUAGCAACACCCUCUUUCACUUCCUACACGCACUGACCUUUCAACCAUUCUUCCUCUUACGUCAUUCUUAUACUAUCUUCUCUUUAGAUCCCUUAUGGAACAAAAAUGGGUGCAAUAAACACACUUGUG